CCUAAACAUAUUUAUUUUAUUAGUUAUUUUCUCAGCGACAUUGGAAUAACAGUAUCUUCACAUGGAGUGCUUGCUGUGCUUAAAUACGGAUUCCAACUACAUACGGGAAGAUUCCGUUGAGUGGUUUGAAUGGAACAUAAGACAAUUGGUGGAUCAACAUUUAUGGGCUAUUGAGCCAAAUAUAACACCGUCGUGUCUUUGCAUGAAUUGUUGGAAUGAAUUAAAUGGAUUCCAUAAAUUUUUUACACGAAUACAAGAAGCACAAACAAAUAUAUUGUUGUGUGAAAUAAAAUCGGAUUGUGAUCCGUUGGAGGAUGAAAAAAUUGUAGAAUAUUUUGUAAAUGACUCUUUGACGGAAUGUGAGAUUGAAACUUCCAUAACAGACCAAGAAACCACAAUACUAGAGACUGAUCACGAUGAUAACAGCAGUAUUGGCAAAAAUUAUGAAAGCGAAAACGACACUACAGAUCUUGAGCAAAGCAAUUAUGUUGCGGAAACUAGCCCUCCCUUGGAGGGAGAUGAGACUUGUGAUGACAAGAAAGCAAAUAAAAAUAUAAUGGCAGAGUAUGAUGAUUUUCUCAGGGAGAAUUAUAAAAUUAUCUGCGAUAAAUGCAAUGAAUCUUUUGAGACGUUUGCUUUGCUUAUCCACCAUUUCAGCAAAGAUCACAAUGAACGUGGUUAUGUAGUUUGCUGCGACACCAAAUUCUUCUAUCGCCGUUUUUUGGUAGACCACGUUAAAUGUCACAUAGAUCCUGAUUGCUACAAAUGUUCAUACUGCGGAAAGAGAUAUCCCAACAAGCGAAGUUUGCAAGCACACAUUCUUUUGCAUGUGGAUAGGAAAUAUGCCUGCGACAAGUGUGAUAAGACGUAUGUUAGACAAGCACAACUUGAUACUCAUAUUAAAUUGAAGCAUAUGCCAAUGACAGAGAAGAAGAUUCCAUGUAACGAAUGUGGUAGAUUCUAUGCCAGUGAACGGGCUUUAAAAUAUCACCGUAAUCAAAUACAUAAUCUUUUAUACGCAAAAGUAUGUGAAAUCUGUGGACAGACGUUGCCAGAUUCCACAUCGCACAAGCAACACAUGAUAAGGCAUAAUCCCAACCCAGUCAAAUGUGAAGACUGUGGCCUUUUAGUAACCAGUAAAAUAACAUUGGGAUACCAUAGGAAACUUAAACACCCUGAGGGAGGAAAUCGCGAGUACACCUGCCCUUUUUGUCAGAAAAUAUCGCCAAAUAUUCGAGCUCACAAAACUCACGUAAAGGAUAACCACGACCCAAAUAAUAGAUUUGAAUGUAAUAUUUGUAACAAAAUAUUUAGUAAAAAGUCGCUUAAGGAUUAUUUUAGCGUCACCUGGAAGCGCAUGCUGGAAGUUUAUCAUAUACCUGCAAAUGGUGCCCAAAACAGUUUAACACAACCAACAAUAUGGGUUACCACCACAAGAAAGCGCACCCCAUUGAGUAUGAGGAGGAGCUACGCAAAAAAUAUUCGGGAAAUUUACCUCCCAAAAAGAAGUGAUUUAAUAUUUGUAAACAAAAAUUUUAAUAUAUCGUUGGAAAAACAUACAUUGACUUCUGAAAUUCAGAAUACGACAUUGAUUUCCGCUACAUCUUAGCUCUAGUUGACGUUGAAAUUGCAUUUUUGAAGAAAAGAGAGGGAAUUUUCUUUGAAAAACAAAUUAACCUAAUAGGUUGUUAAUUUCAUUUAUAUUUAUUGCUUGUUGUUAGAGUUGCAAAUGCAAAUUUGCCCAUGGACAUCCCAUUAAAGAACAGGGGCAAACUUCUACAUAUCAACGAGUGCUGUCCGAUUUGAGUUUAAGCUCAAUGGCAAGUGGUCUCCUUUUUAUAGUUGAGUCCGAAAGGCGUGCCGCAGUGCGACACCUCUUUGGGGAGAAGUUUUUUUUCUUUUCUUUUUUUAUAGUUACAUAUAUUUAUUUAUUUAGAGGUACUAGCAAUCCCCCGGCCCGCUUCUCUGCUCCCCUUUUAGUAGUUUUAGUGUUGGACUUCCAAAAGCCCAUGUAGUCACAAAAAUUUAUAAAAUUAGGAAUCUGAGUAUGAAAUUUCAGAAAUGUGUCCACUUCCGUAAAGAACGUAGCAAGAAUAAAAUUUUUUUUUACCACUAAAAUGUUUUAAUGCUCUAUUUUGACAGUUUUUGCUCAAUCGGUUAUGAAAAUAUAGGUGUAACCAUAUCCCAGUUGUGAGAGCUAUAGCUCAAUCGGUGCAAAAGUACCUAAAUUUACGAAAUUUCUAGUCGCCAAAUAUAUACGGUCAAAGUGUAACUGCAUCCCAAUUUUGAAAUCUUUAGCUCAUGUAAAAGAAUUUAAUGUUUUUUACGUUUAAGUUGCCAAAUAUAUUGUUUGAGACUGUAAUUUUUUUUACGGUCUUUUAUUUAAAAAAUAAAAAAAGCGAUGAUUUAUGGGUCGAUUAUUGGUAAAUUGUCGUAUUUAAUGAGCACCAAACAUUUUAGGGAAAUUC